AUAGCAUUGUAUCAAACUCCCUUUCUGAAUCGCUCUCUCUCUAUAUAUAUAGAGUAGCGCAAUUACAUCCACAAUGUAUUGUAUCAUAAGACCAUUGUCAGCCAUGAGAAACCCCUAUUCAUCUUUCUCCACAUUUCUAUUCGCAACCUCGUUACUUAUGUUGGAGCUCCAAGUUAUGGCCAUUAGCUCAUCAGCUCCUCCUCAUUGUGGGCCGCCACUCCCGGCGAGUGAUGCAGACCAGGUUCAGUUUGCAAUGAACUUGGAGUUCUUAGAAGCUGAGUUCUUCCUAUACGGAGCUCACGGGGAAGGGCUAGAUAAGUUCGCCCCAUAUCUGACUAAGGGCGGCCCGCCUCCGGUAGGUGGACGGAAGGCGAACCUUGACCCACUUGGUUUUAAGAUCAUCGAGGAGUUUGCUUAUCAGGAAAUUGGCCACCUCAGGGCAAUCUAUACAAGAGUCGGUGGAAUACCAAGGCCUCUGCUCGAUAUAAGUAAAGAAAACUUCGCAAAGCUAUUCGAUCAAGCAGUAGGUUACAAACUGGUCCCUCCAUUCGACCCUUACGCGAACACGAUCAACUAUCUCUUGGCAACGUAUGUGAUUCCUUAUGUUGGACUCGUUAGCUAUGUCGGAACCGCGCCUUAUCUCCACAACUUCACCACCAAAGCCUUGGUGGCGGGUCUAUUGGGUGUGGAGUCAGGACAGGACGCAGUAACGAGGACAUUCCUCUACGAGCGGAAGGACUUGAAGGUGCUGCCCUACAACCUGACUGUGGCUGAGCUCACCGACAAGAUGUCCAAGCUGCGGAACCGGCUUGCAAUGUGUGGGAUCAAGGAUGAAGGUCUGAUCGUGCCGCGAGAGCUCGGGGCAGAGGGCCUGAUCGAAACCAACAUCCUGUCUGCGGACGACUACUCACUGUCUUACGCCAGAACUCCGCAGGAGACCCUGAGGACGGUGUAUGACACCGGGGACGAGCACGUGCCUGGUGGGUUCUAUCCGCAUGGUGCCAAUGGAAGGAUUGCCAGGAUGCUUCUUAAGAAUAAAGAUUAGUCUGCGGUCAAUAACUCGUAAAGAAAAUAGAUGCGAGAAUUCAAUAAUUAUGUAAUCGUCAGUUUCCGCUGGGCGGUCCGCCGUGAUAUCGAGUGAAUAAUUGUUCUAAUUUUCUUUUUCCGAGUUCUAGUUUGUUACGUCUCAUCAAGAAGGGGAAAGAAAAGUUUGCUAUGAAAGAGAAGGAUGCGCAAGGAAGGUAUUAAAUACAAUGUUUAAUAGUGUCUC